AUGAACAUUGACGACAGCGCCGCCGAUGACGUCGAUUUUGAAGAGAGUAUCACACUAGAAGAGGUGAUUCGGAAGAUGACGAUGAUGUGGCAAAAUGAACUGUGUGCUCCGUGUCUGCUUCCAACGCAAAUGGGACUGGUCGACAUUCUUUUAGAUCAAAUCAAAGGGAUGGAGGAUAAUAUCGGAAGGCAGGCGGAUAAGAUGCAGUUGCGCAUCUCGCUGCACCGGAUGGAACUUCAGCGAAUCAGUUUUAUGACGUCGGAUUACAUGAGAUGCCGUCUGCAGAAAAUCGAAUCCAACCCGAACGACGCGAUUGAUCAGCACCAACGACGAACACAGGAGAAUCAGAGCGAGCUGCUGUCGGAAACCGAAUUGCAAUUCGCUAGAGAAUACGCGAACGCCGAAGCCGAACUUUUCGAGAAGACUGUUCUAGAAUUCAUGCCAGCCGCACUCAAAAAAGUGUCCGUCCCUCGACCCGACCAUCAGGACGAUAUGGUGUACGCAAAAGUGCUCGGCGAGGACAUUGGCAACGUGGCGAUCCCGGAUUGGCAGGAUUUGAACGCGGAAAUGGUUUUGGAGAUGGAGAAGUCGUCGUGCCAUCUGAUUCCGUUCCAAUCGGUGAAGCACUAUGUCGAGGAGGGAACUGUUCAGUUGCUGUGA